GAUAAGGAGAAAGAUCAAGAGGGCGGCGAGUUUGACUUACUUGAUUACUUGCGGGGCGAGUCCCACCAGAGGGAAGCACAUGGCUUUCGCCACAAGCGCCUCGGUGUCAUAUUCUCCGACCUCUCAGUUACUGGCAUGGGUGGUAUACGGCUUCCAAUCCGUACUUUCCCCGAUGCCAUCAAGGAGUUUUUCUUAUUCCCGGUCAUCGCUGUCAUGAUGCGUGUCAUGAAGAAGACCCCAAAGUCGAUCUUAUCAGGCUUCAAUGGAUUCGUGCGUCCCGGAGAAAUGUGCUUUGUAUUAGGUCGACCAAAUUCAGGUUGCUCCACAUUCCUCAAAGUCAUCACAAACCAAAGAAUCGGAUUUUGGGAUAUCGGUGGCGCAGUUGAAUAUGGAGGCAUCGAUGCAGCAACUAUGGCUAAGGAGUUCAAGGGAGAGGUCGUCUACAACCCCGAGGACGAUAUACAUUAUCCUACUCUCACCGUUGGGCAGACACUAGACUUUGCUCUUUCCACAAAGACGCCUGCUAAACGUCUUCCUAACCAGACCAAGAAGCUUUUCAAGGCGCAAGUACUAGAAGUCCUUUUGAAGAUGCUGGGAAUUCCACAUACGAAAGACACAUAUGUCGGAAGUGCAGAGGUUCGCGGAGUAUCCGGAGGUGAACGAAAGCGUGUGUCAAUAGCAGAGAUGUUUACAACCCGAGCUUGCGUACUUUCGUGGGACAACUCCACUCGAGGUCUUGAUGCUUCUACCGCCCUCUCGUAUGCCAAGUCUCUCCGGAUCUUGACCAACAUCUUCAAGACAACGAUGUUUGUGACUCUCUAUCAAGCCGGAGAGGGCAUUUAUGAGCAGUUCGACAAGGUUUGUCUCAUUAAUGAAGGCCGGCAAGUCUACUUUGGUCCUGCCUCCGAGGCGCGAGCAUACAUGAUGGGAUUAGGGUACAAGAACUUGCCACGUCAAACCACAGCCGACUACCUCACUGGUUGUACUGAUCCGAACGAACGUCAAUUCGCCGACGGGGUCGACCCUGCUACUGUUCCCAAGACGGCUGAAGAGAUGGAACAAGCAUAUCUUGCCAGCGACGUCUACCAACGAAUGCAGGCUGAGAUGAAGGUUUAUCGGGCUCACGUCGAGUCAGAGAAACGCGAGCGUGAAGAGUUCUUUAAUGCCGUACGCGAUGACCGUCACCGUGGAGCACCCAAACGAUCUCCUCAAAUGGUUUCGCUUUUUACACAACUUCGAGCGCUCAUCAUUCGAGAGGUCCAGCUCAAACUACAGGAUAGAUUGGCCCUCAUAUUUGGCUGGGGGACAACGAUACUGCUAGCAAUCGUUGUUGGUAGUGUUUUCCUCAGCUUACCUGCGACCUCCGCUGGUGCCUUUACAAGGGGCGGAGUAAUCUUUAUUGGUCUACUGUUCAAUGUGUUCAUCUCCUUCGCUGAAUUACCAGCUCAAAUGAUGGGUCGCCCAAUUGUAUGGCGACAAACUUCGUUCUGCUUCUAUCGCCCUGGUGCUGUUGCAUUGGCGAACACACUAGCCGAUAUUCCUUUCUCCGCACCAAAGGUUUUCGUUUUUUGCAUAAUCCUUUAUUUUAUGGCAGGGCUAUUUAGCAAUGCCGGCGCAUUUUUCACCUUCUACCUAAUCGUGUUCACCACCUGCCUGGCUCUCAGUUCUUUUUUCAGGUUCUUGGGCGCCAUAUCUUUCAACUUCGACACGGCCUCACGUUUGGCCAGUAUUCUCGUUAUGACAAUGGUCAUCUAUAGUGGCUACAUGAUACCCGAGCCGGCGAUGAAACGAUGGCUUGUUUGGUUGUACUACAUCAACCCUGUCAACUACUCAUUUUCGGCACUCAUGGGCAACGAAUUUGGACGGCUGGAUUUAACUUGUGAUGGAGCUUCCAUCGUGCCGAAUGGCCCAUCUUACCCUUCCAGCCUCGGACCAAAUCAAGUCUGCACACUCCGAGGCUCUCGCCCUGGAAACCCAAUCGUGAUUGGAGAAGAUUAUAUUUCAUCCUCAUAUACCUAUUCAAAAGACCACGUAUGGCGGAAUUUCGGAAUUGAAGUGGCCUUUUUUGGAUUAUUCACCAUUUGCCUUUUUCUAGCCGUAGAAAACUUGGCACCGGGUGCCGCAAACUUUUCUCCCAAUCAGUUUGCCAAAGAGAACGCGGAAAGGAAGCGGCUCAACGAAUCUUUGCAAAGUCGAAAACAAGAUUUCAGAAGUGGGAAAGCAGAACAAGACCUUAGUGGAUUAAUCCAGACAAAGAAGCCCUUGACAUGGGAAGCUCUUACCUACGAUGUCCAAGUAUCAGGUGGUCAGAAGCGCCUUUUAAACGAAAUAUAUGGCUACGUGAAGCCGGGAACGUUGACUGCAUUAAUGGGAUCCUCGGGCGCGGGAAAGACCACACUGCUAGACGUGUUGGCCAAUCGCAAGACUACUGGUGUGAUUGGAGGCGAGGUGUGCAUCGCUGGACGCGCUCCAGGAGCCGACUUCCAAAGAGGCACAGCUUACUGCGAGCAACAGGACACACAUGAAUGGACCGCCACCGUUCGCGAAGCCUUCCGAUUCUCUGCUUAUCUUCGACAACCGGCCCACGUCUCGAUCGAAGACAAAAACGCUUAUGUCGAAGAGGUCAUACAAUUAUUAGAAAUGGAGGAUCUCGCUGAUGCCAUGAUUGGCUUUCCUGGUUUUGGUCUCGGGGUCGAAGCGAGGAAACGGGUGACAAUUGGUGUCGAGCUAGCUGCCAAACCGCAGCUCCUUCUCUUUUUGGAUGAACCUACAUCUGGGCUGGACGGUCAAAGUGCAUACAAUAUCGUGCGCUUCUUGAAAAAACUAGCCGGCGCAGGUCAAGCAAUCUUGUGUACUAUCCAUCAACCGAACGCUUUACUUUUCGAAAAUUUUGAUCGACUGUUACUAUUGAAGGGUGGGGGAAGAUGUGUGUACUUUGGCGGCAUUGGCAAGGACUCUCACAUUCUGCGCUCUUAUUUCGAAAAGAAUGGCGCUCAAUGUCCCGAAUCAGCCAAUCCUGCCGAAUUCAUGCUUGAGGCCAUUGGUGCUGGAAAUUCCCGUCAGAUGGGGGGAAAGAAAGACUGGGCAGACCGCUGGCUGGAUAGUGAAGAACACGCUGAAAAUAAGCGCGAGAUCGAACGGCUUAAACAGGUAUCCAUCUCCGACCCCGAUGGAGGCUCUACUGAAAUCGCUACAUCUUACGCUCAACCCUUCGGAUUCCAGCUCAAGGUUGUCCUCCAGCGGGCCAAUCUUGCCUUCUAUCGCAAUGCGGACUACCAGUGGACCCGAUUAUUCAAUCACCUCUCGAUUGGCCUUCUCACUGGCUUAACAUUCUUGAGCUUGAAUGAUUCCGUAUCUGCACUGCAGUUCAGAAUAUUCUCAAUCUUUGUGGCCGGGGUCUUACCCGCCUUGAUCAUAGCACAAGUCGAGCCGUCUUUCAUCAUGUCUCGUGUGAUAUUUCUGCGGGAGUCUUCGUCAAGGACCUAUAUGCAAGAAGUUUUCGCAAUCAGCCAGUUUUUGGCGGAGAUGCCUUACUCGAUACUCUGUGCAGUAGCUUACUAUCUCUUGUGGUAUUUCUGCAACGGAUUCAACACCUCGAGUACCAGAGCCGGCUACGCUUUCUUGAUGAUUGUACUCAUGGAAGUUUUCGCCGUAACGCUGGGUCAAGCAAUUGCCGCACUGUCUCCGAGUAUGUUUAUUUCCAAUCAAGUCAACGCACCCGUCGUCGUCUUCCUUUCCCUAUUUUGCGGAGUCACUGUUCCACAGCCUGCCAUGCCCAAGUUUUGGAGACAAUGGAUGUAUAAUUUGGAUCCUUAUACGAGAAUCAUGGCGGGAUUGGUGGUGAAUGAACUACGAGACCUACGCAUCACCUGUGCCCCAGAAGAAUUCGCGCGCAUCCAACCUCCCAGUGGACAAACUUGUCAACAAUGGCUAUCGGCGUUUGUCAAUUCAUCAGGAGGUUACUUAGAGAAUCCCGAUGCCACGUCAAAUUGUGAUUAUUGUCAGUACAGGGUCGGAGAUGAAUUUUAUUCGACCUUAAAUUACUCGUACUCCCAUAGAUGGAGGGAUUUGGGCAUACUCGUGGGAUUUUGUGUAUUCAAUUCCGUAGUCACAGUGGUCGCAGCUAAAUUCCUCACCUUAAGAUACGCCAAGAGAUGA